AAUACUCCAACAAACAAAUAAAAACCCUUCUCAGUACUCAGUUUCUCAAAGCCCCAACUGCCGAAGAAUCCAUCAUCAAUCAAACAAGAAAAUGGCGACAACUGCGAGACUGCUUCUCCUUUUCACUCUAACCCUCCUCCUCAGCGUUGUUCUCACUCAGGCCAAGAAAUCAAAGGAAAAUUUAAAGGAAGUGACUCACAAAGUCUACUUUGAUAUCGAGAUUGAUGGAAAACCCGCAGGGCGCAUUACCAUGGGCCUUUUCGGGAAAACUGUACCCAAGACAGCAGAGAAUUUUAGAGCUCUGUGCACAGGGGAGAAAGGUGUUGGAAAACAUGGGAAGCCUUUGCAUUACAAAGGAAGCAUAUUCCACAGAAUUAUACCAAGCUUCAUGAUUCAAGGAGGUGACUUUACUCUUGGUGAUGGAAGAGGUGGAGAGUCAAUUUACGGAGAGAAGUUUGCUGAUGAAAAUUUCAAGAUUAAACAUACUGGACCUGGACUUCUGUCAAUGGCUAAUGCUGGGCCUGACACCAAUGGAUCCCAGUUUUUCAUCACAACUGUGACAACCAGCUGGUUGGAUGGCCGUCAUGUUGUUUUUGGAAAGGUGCUGUCAGGGAUGGAUGUGGUCUACAAGAUUGAAGCUGAAGGUAAGCAGAGCGGAACACCUAAAAGCAAAGUUGUCAUUGUGGACAGUGGCGAACUACCCCUGUAGUCUAAUUGGCUCCUACACAUGCAAUACUUUUCCGACCUUUUUCCUGCCCGAUAUCUAUUUUUAGAUACUCUGCUACUAAACUUAUUAGAGCGACACUUUCACAUGGCUUUAGCUGCAAAGUAUGUGAGCUUCAACAAUGAAGCCAUGCUUGAGAUUGACUAGAUUCUGCUGCUUUCUUAGGUUUUCAUAUUGGGUCCUUUAGCCAGUGUACCACUUCAGUCUUGGUUAUACUGAUAAAUUUCAAUGGUGAAAGUACCAGGGAGCCUUCUAGUCUGCUAAUUUGUUACCAUUGCGUGGUACCAUUUUUAGUGAAAAGCAGGAUACUCGUUCAACCUA